AUGCGCACCUCAAACCAUACCGUGGCCCAUGGAGAAGGACCUGUUAGCGUGCAACUCAACAUUUUGCAUUACGUAGUCAUCAUCUUCUCUCGAAUCUUGCUGAUCGUUUUGCCUAGCUGCCAUAGCGGGGACCGCGCGAGAAGGCAGGUGGCAGAUGCCUUGUCAAGGCGAAGAAGGGCCUUUCGACCACGACGAGCUCAGGAUCAGCCCUUGCUGCGGUUGUUGGUGUGAUCGAUCCGAGUUGAUGCGGGCUAGAACCUAGCAAGUCGACGUAGAGUAGAGAGCUAUACCUCUUUGUCAAGUUGACGUGCCAUGCUGGUCCAGCAUCGGGUUUGUUGGUUCCGUCUGACCCACUGAGCGCGCCAUUACUACUGCCACCAGCUUCAGCAGCUCCUCUCUUCCGACUCCAUUUGCGAGCGGUCGUCCCUGGUGCAGA